AUGGUUAGGGCACCAAGAUUCUCCUCUCUCGUUUCCAUAGUUGCAGGUAAGGAAAAACGCCUUCGCCGGAGAAGACGGUUGAAACCGUCGCGGGUGGUGGCUGGGAAGAUGGGUCGCAGGUUGCUACAAAUAGCAGAGAUCGAUGAUGGAAAAGAGCUUUGGAAGAUUGUUGUUAGGAUUCACCACAGAUGGAAUGUUGUGUCCAACAACAAGGAACAUUUUGAAAUGAUCUUUGUUGACAAAUUGGGAGAUGAUAUUCAUGCUGUUGUUCCAGCACCACAUGUGUCGGUGUUCACCGAAAAAUGCUUAUUAGGGCAUACUUAUACUCCGUGUGAAAUUAAUAAAUUUAUUUCAGAUGUCGUUGGAAUGGUGGAUAGUAUUGGUUAUGCACAGACUGAGUCGGGCGCAAAGAAGCAGCAAAUUAGCAUGAUGUUGCGUGACCACAGCAACAACAUGUUGAACUGUACUCUGUGGGAAUCAUACGCGGAUCAGUUCAUCAGGUUUAACAAAGUUAGGGUUGCUGCAUCCCUCCCUACAGUUGUGUUGCUUCAGUAUGCCAAAGUGAAGGAAGAAGGAAAGUAUCCUCUGUCUGUGACAAACACCUACAAUGUGACCCUUUUAUGUGUUGAUGCUGAUUUUCCUGUCAUGAAAGACUUUAUUGAUAGAAUGCCUGAGGAGAGCAGGGUAACCCUGUCUGAACAACUCGGAGGGAAUUCCCAAUAUUCCUCCCAGAGUUCUGAAAAUCAACAACUGACUCCUGUGCAAAAAUUGUUCUCAAAGGCUGUUGUGUUACCUAUUUCUGAGAUUAUUCAACUUACGGAUGUUACAUUUUGUGCUACUGUCGCUACAACAAAAUUAUUAGUAGCGUCUCCAUUUGGAUGGUAUAAGAUUGAGAUUGAGGUUACUCAUGGGGGCAAAAGCUGCAAUUUUUUCUUCUGGAACAGAGAAUGUGAAAUGCUUUUGGGUUUAUCUGCAUCCCAACUUUGUAACACUAUGAUUCAGGCUGGAAUUACUGAUCCAUUGGACUUUCCGUUAGUACUUGAUCAGUUGUUGAAGUUGGAAAUGGCUAUGAAGGUUAAGUGGCAUCCACGCUGGAAGAACUGUUCCGUCGUUAUGCUUAUAAAAAAUGAUCCUAUUAUCCAGCAACUUAAGGAAAAAUGGGGAAGAGAUGAGGAACCUAUUCCAAUCCAAACUGUAAUACCUGAGACUCUGGAGAUUAAAGAGAGUGUUGAUGAGGCUAAAACAGAUGCCAAUGAAGACUGUGAAUUGGUUACGGACCUGGAAAUUACAUCUGAGCACAAGCCUGAUGCUGUCGCACCUGGUGGUAAGAGGCAUCUUCCUGCUGCAUCAAGUGAAUCCACUGAUUUUGACGGAUUACAUGAUGGAGAACUGUCAUCAAACAAGCUGAAGAAGAUAAUUAAAAUGGAGAAGAUUGAUUAG